AUGCCGCACCAAUGGCCUGCUGCUCGUGAAUCCCCUUCAAGGGACCCAGAGGAAUCGGCAAACAACGAACAGCAGCAGCAGCAGCAAUCUGAUGGAAGUAGUGAUGCACACAAGACAGCAGCAGCAGCAACAACAGCAGCACCAACAGCAGCCGCAACAGCAGCAAAACGUCGCUGGUUUACUCCAUGCGAUACAGGAUGGAGGUCGAGGGGGAAAGUCAAAAUGACUUUGGUGCUGCUGCUGCUGCUUCUGUUGCUGCUGCUGCUGCUGCCUCUUCUGUUUUUUACCGAGCAGCUGCUGGCGUUGCUGUCUCUCGACAGCUCUUCAAUCUGGUUGUUUCCUCAGCAACAGCAGCAGCAACAGCAACAGCAACAACAACAGCAAAAGAAACAGCAGCAGCCGCAGCAAGUCUUUCACAUUCAAGACGAGCAAGUUCCCAGUGAUUGGCCUCCCGCCCCGCUGCCGCCGCCUCCUGUGCCCCCAGAAUGCCAGGCAUUCUUUGAGGGAAACCUUUCUCUCUCUCCAGCAAGUAUCAUCGUAGCAGCAACAGAUAGCGACUUGCUGCUGCUGCAGCAGCUGCUGCAGCAUCUGCUGCAGCAUACACCACAUCAUCUGUUGCAGGAGGUCCUUGUAUCUCCGUACCAGCAGCAACAGCAGCAGCAGCAAAACUAUAUCCUUAGAAAUGGGGGGCCCCUCGAGCCGUUGAUGGCGCUGCUGCAGCAAACCCCCAAAGUUAUUGUAUUGCAUGAAACACAAAAGACUUAUGCUGCUGCAGUUCGUGCUGCUGUUCGAGCAGCAACAGCUGCUGCAGUUGUUGUGUUGCCUGCGGAAGCCCUUGUCUCUCCUCAUUGGCUACAGCCGAUGCUGCUGUUGCUGCAGCAGCAACAACAGCAACAACAACAGCAUAUUAUAGUAUAUCCAGCAACAGCAAAACAAAGCCAAAUGCCGGGGGGCCCCCUAGGGGGCCCCUAUUGCCACAGGGCGGAGCUCACCUGGGCCCUCAACAGGAGGGAAGUGCAGAAGGCAGAAGAAGCAGCAGCAACAACAACAGCAGCAACAGCAGCAAAAGCAGCAGCAGCAGACAUUGUGACUUCUUCAGUGCUUCCUAUUGGAGCAUUUGCUGCAGCAAGAGAGUUGCUGCUAGCUGCAGAUACACCCGAGCCGCUGCUGCAGCACAAAGAUGGAGUGUAUCUUGAAGUUUCUCUUCUUGCUGCUGCUUGUCAGCUGCCUGAGGAGGAGCGAUCUCUCAUACAAGCCAAGAUGAGGGUGGCAGAGGCCUGGCUAGGAGAUAUUGCAGUGCUUCCCUGGAAAUAUAAAAUGGUUAGGAGGAAUUCAUUGGCCGGCGAUUUGUUUAAAUUUUGA